CAACGGUCGUGAACAUAACAGCGCUGCCACACAACAUUAAACUAGUUUCGCACGUGUUCCAAACUAAGUUGGUGAUUUUGUUUAAUUUUACAAUAGUGUUUAACAAUUUAUAGCCGCCAUGCAGCACGACGAUGUUGUUUGGAGCAUCAUAAACAAGUCCUUUUGCUCGCACAAAGUCAAGACCGACACACGUACCUUCUGCCGGCAUGAGUAUAAUCUCACGGGUCUGUGCACCCGGAGAACAUGUCCAUUGGCCAAUUCACAAUAUGCUACCGUUCGUGAGGAGAAGGGUAUCAUAUAUUUGUUUAUCAAGACGGCGGAGCGAUCACACAUGCCCAGUAAAUUAUGGGAACGGAUCAAGUUGUCGCGGAACUUCGAGAAGGCCAUCGAGCAGAUCAACGAGAAUCUAGUCUUUUGGCCAAAAUACAUGAUUGCCAAGAAUAAACAGCGUUUCCUUAAGAUCACUCAAUAUCUGAUGCGAAUGCGAAGAUUGAAGUUGCGCCGUCAAAAGCUCAUUGUCCCGCUGUCCACGAAGAUCGAAAGACGAGAGGCGCGGCGCGAGGAGAAGGCCUUGGUGGCGGCCAAGAUCGAUAAUCAUAUUGAGAAGGCUCUUAUGGAUCGUCUUAAGCAUGGUACUUAUAAGGACAUCUACAACUUCUCACAGACUGCUUUCAAUAAGGCUCUGGAGGCGGAACGUGUGGACGAGGAUGAGGAAGAAGAGGAGGAGGAGGAUGAGCUCGAGCGGGAAAUGGAAGUGGACAACGAGGAUUCCCGUGAGAUUAUCGAAAUGCAAAAGGAUCUGCUCGACGAGGAGUUCGUGGAGGCCGACACAGAUGAUGAUGAGGAUGAUGACGAUGAGGAGGACUAUGACAGUGAUUCUGGAAGGCGGGAGGAAGUCGAAGUGGGCAGCGAUUUCGAGGAAUCCGAUGAGGACGGCACCGAUCCGGAUAAUGAGGAUAUUGAGGACAUUAAAUUGGCUGGCAAGGCAGCCACGAGCAAAUCGAAGAAGGAGAAGAAAUCUCCGGCGUCCAGUCGCCGUAGCCGAUCGAAACCCAAUCUGGAGCUGGAGUACGAGUAUGAGGUGGAGAAUGAGGCACAAAGGCAGAUGCGCCAUUAGCCAGGUCUACACUAUAUCCCUUCCUUUUCCCUCUCCCCCACUAAGCUAAGUUAGAGCUUAUUCUUAAGCCAAACAAAAUGUGUGUAAAGCCUUUUAAGAAUAGUAUUUUAUAAAAAGAAACAAAAACACAAAAAACCUAAAGAUUCUAUAUGUGUGUGCUUCGCGUUUGUUCCCAAAAAUGGAACGAUGCAUCCGAAUCCCAUACGAUGUGCAUCUGUCUCGCUCGCUUUGCUUUUCGACCAAAAAACGUGCUAACUGACAUUGAAAGUGCGUGAGUUCGUCGGGGGUUAAGAGACCCACUGGGGUGUUAAGCGACGUUGCAAUGCAAUAUAAAAAACCAGUUUAGCAAAAAUAUUCUAUAAAAUCUGUAAACUAUUUCUGUCAGAAUUAUAGUUAUUUGCAUACCCUGGAAAAUGUCUGAAGUUGCUGGGUAAAUUGCCAAAAUGUUUGAUUUCAGUUAGGCAAAUUUUAUAAUAAUCACAUAUUUUUUUUAUAAACUUACUCUU